UAUAGCUACCAAACUUAAACAAGCAAGGUGGUGACUUUCUUAAGGAAAGUACUCGGUAUCUAUUUGUGGCUUUCUCUUUUUGAAAUUUCCCAUGUUUCUUAUCAAUCACGCGACAACUGGAUCAUAAGAGUAGCGAGUAUAAUUAAUCCGCGUCUUCUUCUUUUCCUCCGUUUGAUCGAUUUCCAGGGGUUAAAGGUGAAAAUAGAUUCAUCAUUUGAAGAACCAAGAAUGAGGAUGUGAAUAGUUUUGCUUGACUUUAGAGGGGCUUCUUUCAAAAGAAUUCCGUUUUUUGGGGUAUUGGAAAGAUAUCAUAAGUGGCCUAUGGAAUUUUUGUCCAUAUUUCACUGAUAUACAUCGGAUGUUGAGUUUUUCCUGAAGAAAGGAUGUACAGCAAUUUUAAGGAGCAGGCAGUAGCAUAUGUGAAACAAGCAGUUGAGGAAGAUAACGCUGGGAAUUAUGCAAAGGCCUUUUCUUUGUAUAUGAAUGCAUUGGAGUAUUUUAAGACUCAUUUGAAGUACGAGAAGAACCCAAAGAUCAAGGAGGCGAUUACCCAGAAGUUCACUGAGUACCUGAGGAGGGCUGAGGAGAUUCGGUCAGUUCUUGAUGAGGGAGGAGGUAAUGGUCCCACAGCAAAUGGAGAUGCUGCUGUUGCCUCACGGCCAAAGACAAAGCCAAAGAAUGGUGGAGGAGAUGGAGAGGAUUCAGAGAGUUCAAAGUUAAGGGCGGGGCUCAAUUCUGCAAUAGUGAGAGAAAAGCCAAACAUUAAGUGGAAUGAUGUUGCCGGGCUAGAGAGUGCCAAGCAGGCAUUGCAGGAGGCUGUGAUAUUACCUGUUAAAUUUCCACAGUUUUUCACUGGAAAGCGGCGGCCAUGGAGAGCCUUUCUACUCUAUGGUCCACCUGGAACAGGAAAAUCAUAUCUAGCAAAAGCUGUAGCUACAGAAGCUGACUCGACCUUCUUCAGUAUUUCUUCCUCAGACCUUGUUUCAAAAUGGAUGGGUGAAAGUGAAAAGCUUGUCUCAAAUCUAUUCCAAAUGGCUCGUGAAAGUGCUCCAUCCAUUAUCUUUGUAGAUGAAAUUGAUUCCUUAGUUGGCCAACGAGGUGAGGGCAAUGAGAGUGAAGCUUCAAGGCGUAUCAAAACUGAGCUCCUUGUACAGAUGCAGGGCGUUGGACAUAAUGAUGAAAAGGUUCUUGUUCUUGCGGCGACAAAUACUCCUUAUGCACUAGACCAGGCUAUUAGGAGGCGGUUUGACAAGAGAAUAUAUAUUCCUCUACCAGAUAUGAGGGCAAGACAGCAUAUGUUCAAGGUACAUCUGGGUGAUACUCCUCACAACCUUACUGAAAGUGAUUUUGAGCAACUAGCUAUAAAAACAGAAGGUUUUUCAGGUUCUGACAUAUCUGUUUGCGUAAAUGAGGUUUUGUUUGAACCGGUUCGCAAGACUCAAGACGCUGAGUUCUUUAUCAAGACUCGUGAUGAACUAUGGGUGCCGUGUGGACCUAGGCAGCCAGGUGCCAUUCAGACAAACAUGCAAGAGCUUGCAGCUAAGGGCUUAGCUUCAAAGGUAACACCACCUCCAAUCGCGCGGAGAGAUUUUGACAAAGUGCUGGCAAAACAGAAGCCUACAGUGAGCAAAUCAGAUCUUGAAGUGCAUGAGAGGUUUACAAGAGAGUUUGGUGAGGAAGGGUAAUUAUGCUCUAAGGGAGUUUAUUUACUUUUUACUGCUGGUAAAAGUUGUAAUCAUGAUACUGAUCCCUAUUAAUUUGACAACACUACAUUUCAAUAAAACUAUCAACCGCUGUUCCACGGAGGAAAAUAGAUCUCUUGCAGAGUUGGUGGUAAAUGGUAAUGAACAAUGUAUACUGAUGUGGUUGGUUUAUCUUAUAAAGGCUUUAAGCUUAGGUUUGCUGGAUAAAUCAUGUGGUAAUGGACAUUUGUACAUAGGAAUGGUAUUGAUAUUAUAUGUUUUCUCUUUCCAGAAAUACCUUUUUUGGCAAUCCGUAAGUUGAAUAAUGUCCCUGCC